AAGGUUGGUGAGUGUAAACUUCACUAUUGCAAAGGCAAAAUACUUUUUCAGAGAUAUAUUGUCAAUCCAGUACAUUGAUUUUACUGAGCAUAUCUUUCAUUGCGUCUACAAGAUCUUCUGUCCUAAGGUAGCAGUUCAGCACAGUUACAAGAGCCCAAUUGCUACAGGUAUUGUCUUUCGCUGCUAUGCUUUACCUGUCUGCUGUGUUCUCUGAUCUGCUUCUAUGAUAUAUCUGAGAUUAUCUGUUGAAAAUGGACUUUUAUCAAUAGAUUUAUUCAAACAAUAGUGUUAUUUUUCAUAAAAUUACAAUGAGUUGUAUUCCUUAUAAUAUACUGUCUAAUAUACAGAAGAUACAGUACAGGUCAGCCUGAACAGGUUGACCUUUAAUUACACUCUGGCAAUAUGUAAAUGAUCAUACCUUAUUCAUAUGCAUGUGGCCUUGUGCCAUUAGAGAAGCUGCUGUAAAUGUCAGAUAAAGGCUGUUUGUUCAGGGUGAUUACAGUUUCAUGAGGAACAUCAGUCUCUCUGACAGCAGUUUACUAAGCCCACUUCCUGUAUAUACCUGCUGUGAUAAGAGGAACAUUGUCAGAAGGAUGGGGCUCACCAUCCCAAGCAGGUGGCCAGAUGACAGUGCCCAUUUCUUACUCGAACCCUGUCAGUUUACCUAUGUGAACUAAUCUCAGACUCCGAGAAAACAUGAAUCAGUUAUUCGUCUCAGAUGUCAUGGCAGACCAGGAGGACUCAUUGCGAGCCAUGCAGAACUGCUUCCGCAGUCAGUUUAGUGUGGAGGAGGUUGAGUGUGAGGACAUUGAAGCAAGCAGGAGAACAUCAUCGGUUGAUGAAGACAGUAUCGAUCUUGCCUGCACACUGUCACGAUCAUACGACCUCGGAGACUCUGAUCUUCACCACACUCCUGUUAUCAAGAUGGGCUGGCUGGACAAGACCCCACCUCAGGGGAGCCUUAUUUUCCAGAAGCGUUGGGUGAUGUUGGAUGCACAGUACCUGCGAUACUUUCAAAAUGAGAAGGAGGUCUACUCAAAGCGGAUCAUAGACAUACUGUCUGUCACUGAAGUGCUUAACGUUGGAGAGCAGAAGUUUGAGGUGGUGACAAGGAACAGGACUUUCUUGUUCCGUGCUGAAAACAACACUGUCAGGGAGGAAUGGGUGUCAGUACUGAAAGAAACUAUUCAGCAGCGCCGUAGCAGCAUGGAGAUGUCCCUUAUGAACUUCAGUUUUACUAGUGGUCAGCAUGAUAGUGGAGUCUCUCUCAUUAGUAAACAAGGAUACCUGGAGAUGAAUGGACUGCGCUCCAAGGUCUAUGUAGUCAUCUGUGCAGACAGGGUCUUCCUCUACGGGAACGCUGAGGAGCACAGCCAGGGUGUUGGCAUCACCUACAUUGAGAUGAAUCUGGGUACUGUGAAGAGCACAGACAAACGGUCCUUCAACCUCACCACCUUCUACAGAACAUUCAGUUUUCUGGCCGAGUCGGCGCAGCAGAGGGAUCAGUGGGUGGAGGCCCUGCAGGACUGUGUCAGUCGCUCUCUGUCCAGCGAUGUGGUGGCCCAGAAGAUCUGGUCUGUGGAGGCCAACCAGCGCUGUGCAGACUGUGGCGCCCCCCAUCCAGACUGGGCCUCUGUCAACCUCUGUGUGGUCCUUUGCAAGUGCUGUGCAGGCGUGCACAGGGGUCUGGGCCAGAGUGUGUCCAAAGUUCGCAGUCUGAGAAUGGAUGAAAAGGUGUGGACUGAUAACCUUAUUCAGGUGUUCCUGUUAGGUAACAACAUGGUAAACCUAUUCUGGGCAGCUAACAUGCCACCAAGCGAGGCACUCCACCCAUCAAGUGAUAGUGAGAAGCGCCAGCGCUUUGUCUCUGCUAAGUAUUGUCAGGGGAAAUACCGCCGCUACCAUGCUCUGUUUGGCCAACAGGAGGCCCUCAACAAAGCUCUGUGCAGUACUGUUCAGACGGAUGAUGUAUUGGAGACUCUGUCUCUGGUGUUCUGUGGAGCAGAUGUGAACUGUUAUACAGGUGAUCCAGAGCGGCCCAGCCCUGUGUCCAUGGCCCAACACUAUGGACAGAUACUACAGGUGGAGUUCUUAACUCACAACCACAACACAGAGCUGCCAGGGUCUAGGGCUGGAGAUCGCACACUCCUAGAGGCUGCUCUCCCCGUCUCACACACUGGUUAUCUCUUCAAGACCGCUUCCUCAAUACGGCCAGUAACAGAGGGCAAAGCAAAAGGAGAUUUUAGUCGUCGAUGGUGCUCUCUGAACCAAGGUAACUUCAGCUACUAUGAGAGUGAGAAGAGCUCCAGUCAGAGCGGCGGAAUGAAGAUGAGUGAUGUCCUGUGUCUGUUGGUCAAUCCCCCAGGGAAACAUGGUUAUGCCCAUUCCUUUGAGCUGUACCAUGACUCUGGGAGAGUCUAUCUAUUUGGAGAAGACUCCUCUGACAAAGUGAAAGGGUGGAUCAAGGCCAUCGCCAAGUUUUGCUACUGUAUAUGUCAGGCGCUGGUCCCCUCUGCAGCAGAGGACCUGGUGUGCUGGCCCUUUGAGAGGGUGGGCCGGUUUCGCUACACUGAGGGCCAGAGCCACCAUAGCCCCCUCCUGGGCUGGUUCUCCCUGGGGGGCUCCAGACUGCUCCUACUCCUCCACGGAGCAGAUCGAGUGGAGAACAUCGACCUGCGCAAAAUAAAGGAGCUCUCCAUGGAGCAGGAGGCUGGUGCUGGUGCUGUGGUGCUGGUGGAUGGAGGCAGGAGCCUGCGUGUGGAGGGGGACAGGAGGCCUGACUUCCAGGGCUGGCUGAGUGGGCUCCAACAGGGCUCAGGGAGAGGAGACGGCCCCCUGGACAAGCAGCAGCUCACUGACAGAGACGUCCCUGUCAUCGUGGACCGCUGCAUGAGCUUCAUCACACAGCAUGGUUUGAAGUCAGAGGGCAUCUAUCGGAGGUGUGGUGUGAACUCCAAGAUCGCCGCCCUGCUGUUCUUUCUCCGCCAUGACCCCCGGAAGGUCCGUCUGAGUGAAGGGGAGCGCCAGGUGGAUGACGUGGCAAACGUUCUGAAGAGGUUCCUCAGGGAAGUGGGAGAGGGGGUUUUCAAUGGCCAUCAGGCCUCUCUGCCAUGGCUCCACACCACUACUAUCAGUGAGAUGAGUGAGAGAGUGUCCCAGUACCAGGCCCUCCUCCACAGCCUCCCCCGAGUCAACAGAGCCACUCUGGGGGCUGUCAUCAACCACCUCUACUGCGUCCAGUGCUUUGCAGAUGAGAAUCAGAUGAACAUGCACAACCUGGCCAUUGUGUUUGGUCCCACGCUCUUCCAGAUGGACGGCACUGAUAACAGCGCAGGACAGGUGGUAGAGGAUCUCAUCCAGAACUACCAGGACAUCUUCAAUGUGGAUGCAGAGCAGUUUCAGAGGCAGCUAGACAUGAUCUCGCAUGUCAUCAAAGCACAGAAGGAACACACCGAGGAGGGAAGCCCCUCACCUCUCACCAUCUGUGGGGUUUACCUGGAGAGGAAGGAGGAGGGCUCUGAGCUGCUGGUUCAGAUCUCCCAGGAAGUGAGUGCUGAGGAGCUGGUAUGUAAGGUCCUGAGACGCAGGAACAUCCAUCCACAGCAGGGGGACUACUGGAGUUGCUUCCUGGUCGACAGCAACCAGGAGAUAGAGCGUCCACUGCACUAUCAGGAGCAAGUGUUGACUAUCUAUUUCUCUCUGGGUAAAGACUGUCAUCUGGUGGUCAAGAAGAACUGUUACAUGGAGGCCAUUCUUACCAACAUAGCAGGCAGGGUAGAUGUGUCCCGAAACGGCCUGAUCAAAUUCUGUGAAGAAAAAGGUCAAAGGGGUAAGGGAACCUUCAGCAGACGCCUCUGUGUGCUCAGUGGCUUGUCUCUAAGGCUGUACAAAGAAGUGAAGAGUUCUCAGCCUGAGAGGGAGUGUUCAGUCCAUGCUCUGAAGGUCUACUGUGGUAUCAAGAGGAAGUUACAGCCACCGUCAUGCUGGGGGAUGACUGUGGUGUGUGAGAAGGCAGUACGAGUCAUACAGAAAUGGUACCUGUGCUGUGAAUCAAAGAACGAGCUGAUCGAGUGGCUGGCCACUUUUAUGAGCCUCCAGCAUGAUGGUGAUCUGUGGCCAGCAGCUUCCAGGCUAGAUUCCUGAUCUGAGGCUGAAGGGGAAAUAACCUGAUCCUGCUUUCCCAUCCCAUCUACUACUAGAGAUGUUUUCAAGUCUUCAGGUCUUUUCUGGAAAGAAAUGCGCUUUCACUGUAUGUCAAAUCAAUAACCUCAAAGUAAAUAUUUUCUCUGUCAAUAUUUGGUUGAACCUAUUUAUAACCCACAGCUAUGGUAAUAAUAGGGGAGGCAGUAUAGAACUACAGUAUAACAACAAACUCCCAUUUUAAAAAUGAGUAACAAUAAUAUUAGAGGCACAUGAGAAAUAAAAUCUAAACGCUAUGUUGACUUUGAGGUUCCCUUUUAUGGGGACAUAAUGACCAUGUUGGAGAGCUGCAGUCGUAAAGCCAUCUAAGAUGAGACACAGUGCUUUCUGUUCAUGUCAUUAUGGUAACAGCGGUGGUCAGUAAUGAUUGGAGAGCAGGAUUUCUACGCUGUCACUACUCAAGACCACAGCUUGUUGCAUUACAGAGAUGUGCAGUUUAUAUUACUUUCAUUCAUUUCAUUAGCUCAUCCUUUAACAGUACCUUAACAUGAAAAGGAAUCGGAGUUGUAAGGCUAGCUAGACAGCACCCUUAAAGCAGCCAGGGCAGGGAAAGGAGACUGAUCUGGUUGCUAUUGCAGAUUCAGCAUCGAUCCAGAGCCGGGCUGGUCGAAUCCCCAGAGGUUUCUCUCUCUCUCUGUAUCUAAAUCUGGGUCCUUCCACCAAGUCGGUGGCUUUUGAGAAGUGGAACUUAAAAACAAAAAAAAUAUUUUAACAUUAUGUCGUGAAGAGCACAUGUUCAUCUUCGUAAAAAAACACGUUUAAAAUAAUGUUUCAAAUAAAGUAACAGAGUUGACCGUAACAGGGUUGAUGAUUUCAUAUUAAAAAAAGCCAGAAAUCCCCUUGUGACAGGGGGAAUGGAAGCUUGUUGUGUGCAACAGGGAGUGGCGGUUGAAUGCAAUCUUCACAACAUCAACAAAAAUAUUUAAAAAAAAAUGUGUAGCCUAUCUAUCUUUGGGUAACAGGGUUGAAGUUUUAUGCACAACCAGCUCAGUUUUCCACCACAAAACACCAGAAAAUGGCCAAAAAGAGUAGAACCAGCUCACAUGCUUUUACUCUAUGAUUUGACUAUUAUAUGUUCAAUGUUUCUUAAAAGAAAUUAAAACAAGUUUAAAGGAAUAGUUUCACCAUAUUAAAAGGAGAGUUCAGUUCACGUUACAGGGUUGAAAUGAAGGACAGACGUAAAUGAAUCCCUAAUCACAUAAUUAUAUAUUUUAUCUUCUGAAAUUACUUUAUCAAAGCAAGAAAAUAACUAGGGCUUUACAAUGAUGGUGAAAACUUGGGAGGAAUGUUGGUGUUAAGUUGGUUAAAAUCUUCCUAGAUGUCAGAGAGGGACCUGUCAAAAAGCUGACUUUUAGAACUUUAGCAAGUCUUUAUUCAUAUAAAAAAAUCUGAUUUAUUGAAUUCUUCAUGUUGUCUAUAUUAAAGAUGCACUCAGGGAUCUUAAGCAUAACACAUUUGUAACAUAUUGCACAAAUUAUUGUACCAUAUCACACAAAAUUGCAAAAUACAUAUGAUUUCAUGCAAAUUGCAAAAUGUGUAACAUAUCACACGAAAUGAACGACGUAGUACACAAAAUAACAGGGACCACUUUUGGCUAUGAGCACCACUUUCAAAACCACUGGCUGAAAUUAUACAAAAGUUAGAGAGUACAUCUUUAAAAGGCCUUUCAUUUCAUAUACCAAGCUAUAAACACUACACAUUGGUGCACAAUUUCUACUUAAAAUAUCAAAGGGAUACAAAUGCCACUCUUUUUGUGGAACGACCCAUCUCCUCUCCACGAGCUGCAGAGAUACUGCUGCUCAGAUACACACCAUAACAGCAUUCCGCUGUACUGAGAGGGUGGACUGGGGUUAGAGCUGUGAAGACGGGGCCCUGUUCCAGCUGUUAGAGACUGUGACUGACAGGUGACAGCGAUGGGCCAGGCAUGUGGGAACUCCUUCUUGUGCCGUAGUCAGCAGUUCCAGCCAUCGACAACAGCAGAGAUGUAAGUGUAUAAAUGUUGAUGCGCUGGGUUGCUGGGUGGUUGUGUCUGAAGUACAACAGAAUAUGCUGAUUAUACAUCAUUAUCUGAGUACCUGAUUGUGAUAAAGAAAUGUUGAUGUCAUUGUAUAUCAUUCAAAGUUUAAUUUGUCUUUGAAAUACAAUGUGUAUGGUUUUUGUGUUUCUUAAAAUCAUUAUCCCACCGUUCCUUUUAUGUCUGAGGUCAGGAUGCUGUGGCCAUUAAAAAUCCUCUUUGA